UUGUGUCCGCCAGCAGCGGGCGGAGUGAGGCCGGUGUCGCGCCUUCUCCCUUCCUUUCUGCCGCCUCCACUCACCCGCGCCCGCCCUCUGAGAGCGCCGCAGGCAAGAAGAGGCCCAAGCAGCUGCGGAGGCGGAUAGAAUGAUGUAUCUUCUUAGAUCAGAGCUGUCAAUCACCCCUACAUGUUGCAAGCUAUAAAGGGACAGUUUGCAUUAACCAUGACUCUUCUUGCUACUGCUCUGUGGUGUUGCAGGCAACUCUAUACAUAUAUUGCUCAUUUGCUAAAAUGGUGGAGCAGAUACCUGCAGAGAAAAUUCACAAAUAACCAAGGUGUUUCGGCUGAAGCUGAUUUGCUUGGCUACUGUGCAGAAGAAUGGAAAGAAGAAACAGAGCAGGCCAAACACAUGAGAAAGGCUUAUGAAGACUUGUUUUGGAGACACCAUGUGAAAUAUGUACGGCAGGUCAGGGGAGAUAACUACUGUGUGCUGAGAGCUGUGUUGUUCCAGAUUUUCAGCCAAGGUAUUCCUCUUCCGUCAUGGACAAAGGCAACAGAUGUCCUAAAGCUCCCGGAGAAACUUCUUUAUUCGCAAGGCUGCAACUGGAUCCAGCAAUAUAGUUUUGGAUCAGAACAGUACACGGGCUCCAAUACAUUGGGAAAAUUGCGUAGAUGUAUUGAAACGUUGAGAAGUCAGUGGAUGGAAGUCAGUAGUAUUAAAGACCAAUAUGAAAGAGGGAACUUGUGCAAUGCCCUUUUUGCCGACGAAAGUUUGGAGCACAAACUGUACGAGGCCAUAAAAUUCAUCAUGCUCUACCAAGUAAUAGAAGCCUACGAAUGCUUGAACAACAAGCAAGAGUGCAUCCCAAGUUUUUUUAGCCAGCUUUUUGUACGCGAUACCUCCUUGGACCCUCUGAGCUACAUGAUGAAUCAUCUGAACGCCAUAGGGGAGAGAAGAGGCCUCGAUCAGGUCGAACUGUUUCUCCUUGGGCAUUCUCUUGAAGUCAGGAUAACCGUUUACAGGUUGUGCAAGUUUAAUUCAGCCGUUUCCCAAGAAAGCUACCCAGACAUUUAUCAGAGGGACUGGCCAGAAGUCUUUCUUCUGACUGAAGAUGACCGUCACUAUCACAUCCCUAUUAUCAGGAUAUAAAUCUAAUUUCUUGGGGUGCUGCCAGAACUUCCUGGCAUGGGAUCCCCCUG